CUCCUCCCGCUCGAGGGCGUGCCCUUCCAGGCGGGAAAAGUUAAGCUGAGAGAAACAUCAGAGCUGUCUUCCCAGCACCUGUGAAUCCAGAGCGGCGGGCACCGGCACGUGCACUCUGUGGACAGAUUCUCCGGUUCUGAGAGUGGUUUUUCUUUUCCUGGGUCGGACCUGGAGUUCUUAGGGGGAUGGCUGCCAAGGGCAGUAGGCAGGAGGACCUCAGCCCAAAGCCAGAGCGGUUUUGGAUGGGAAGCUGGACAGCUGCCCAUUGUGAUAAUUCCCCUCCCACUUUCUCAGCUUCAAAGGCCAAGAGUUUUACUCCUGGAAAGAUACUUGGAGAUCGUCUGGGUUUUCCGGAAUCUCAAGAGGGUCAUUUGACCCUGGUGGGUCCUUUCCCUGCCCGGUGCUGUUCGCGCGCAUUGAAGGAGACCAGGUUCGGUUAAGCAGAGCAGAACCUAUUCACUGAUCAAAGAAUAGAGUAGGGGAGCACCUGCUCAAAGUGCCUGGGGUGUAGUGUGGGGGUGCUUCUAAGGUCUUUUAGGGCACGUAGUUAGAGAGUAAGGAUUCCGGGAAAGAGAUGGGGCUUUCCAGAAAGCGCUGAGUGUGGCAGUCUCAUAUUUCCUGUUGCACCCCAACACUACAUGUGCCUAGCAAGCUGCAUUUCUCCCCAGGGCAAAGAUUUAGGUAUGGUAAUUAGCAAGGAUUCAGGUUAGGGUAGCACUUCUGAGUUUCUUUCCCAUCUUGUAGCAUGGUGGUUACUGACAUCCAGUCUGUUUCUGUAAGCAAGCACAGCUUCAAGCACAGGUGACCUUCAUAGGUUCUGGGGCUUUAGGAAAGCAUUGAGGUCAUCCUGCGGUGACAGAGGCAGCUGUUCAAACAAUGUGGUGCACGUUUGAGAGGGGAGUUGCGGGGUGAGGCAGGUAAAAGUGCAGAUUCCAUAGCCACACCCCGACAUACAGAAUCAGAGUCUGUGAGGGUGGGAUCUGGAAUCCUUUUUAAAAAGCUCAGAGGAACCAAUUCACACGAACAAUACAAGUUUGAUCUGAGCCAAAGUCCUUAAUCUAGAAAUGAGAAAACGGGGAUCCCUAAAAGGGUUACAGGGAGAGGGCUGGAGGAAAGUUCGACUAUGACAGUUUUAGGGUGGUUCUUUCCUGGCCUUGGGAAGUUUUCUCAGCUGCUACUCUGAUUAGUACACAGCUGGAAGCUUUAGGGCAACCCUCUUCAUUUAUCUGGAGUUCCCUCUCUGUGCGGGUCUCCCACCAUAUCUGUGACCUGUGACCUCUUGUCACCCUGGUCUCUCAGCUUUGUCUCCUCAAAUCUGGAAUUCCAACUAGCUUUGUCUUGCUGCCCUUGCCUGCGACACUGGCCUGGAAUCCCUCAAGGUAGCCUGCUACAGUGGAUUAUAGGAUGCAUUUCAAUUGUCACUGUCUUUAUCUGAAUGAUGUCCAGUUCCUUGCAAAGCAUUGUUUCAUAUAUUUUGCCAAUUUUUGUUUCGCUUUGUUUUCAGACUAGGGGGAAAUCCAGUUCCUGUUACUCCAUUUUGGACAGAAAUUCAAGGUAAUGACUUUUAAUAUUUCUGACUACUAGUUCUAUCAUGUCUCUCACUUCUGGAUCUGUCUCUAUUCACUGAUGUUUCCAGUCAUUAUAGGUCAUAUUUAUCCACUUUUUAAGUGCUUGCUGAUUUUUUGAUUAGUUAUCAAGCUUUGUUAAUUUCACAACUUUGAGUGCCAGAAAUUUUUACAUUCCCGUCAAUAUUCUUGAGCUUUGUUCUAGUACCUUGAUAUUUUACAUGAAAACCAUUUUGUAAUUUCAAAGUUUGCUUUUAUUUGUCAGGUGGGAGCAGAACUAGUGCUAAUUUUGUCCGACUAUGGAAGAAAUACCUUUCAGAGGUGUCUCCCGGAUACUUCAUGAAUUGUGACAUUUUCUAGUCAGAUUUUUGUGAACUGAAACUAUUCCCAGUCCUGUAUAAGCCUCAGAAAUUGUUACAUCUGUUCCUUUUGGGUACUUCUUUUUCCUGUUCCUUUUCAACAGUUUCAUUCCACUAAUGCAUUGAUCAAGCUGAAAUCUCAAAGGAUACCCACUGCAGAUCUCUGACACUGUGUGCUCCUGUGGCUUUCUUCUCCGUAGUACUCUGUCAUACAAGUUCCAGUCAUCUUGGCCUCCCCAAACUCCCAACUUGUCUUCUCCGCUCAGGGAAACUGCUAGACUCUGCCUGUUUCUCCUUCCUAAGAUAUGCCUUGCAAACUCCAUACAGGAAGCUAGAUAGCCAUAGGGGUUACCUCAUAUGAUUUUCUUCUCAGAUAUCAGAGAUGAGGUCAAACACAGCCUGAUGUCCAAUGAUUGAAAGUUGUUAUUUCAUAGAUCUUGUCUUUUUUUGUUUUUUGUUUUUAGACAUUCCACAUGGCAGAAUAAACUCAAUCCUUGUUUCUCCAUCUUAUCCACUAGUAGACAUUAGUUAUAUUCUCUUUGAACUCAUCAUGAGUUCCACGAAGACUGAAGAAAACAAGUCAUUUAGUGGCACGGGAGAUGACCAGAGGACUAGACCUGAAGUUUCAAAGGUUGAAGAAGCCCAACUGAUGAAGAGAGGGAAGUACCCUGAUUGUUCCAGUAUGGACACCCUUGGGGGCUUUUCAUUGUAUGUGUAUCCAGGCAAACGGUGUCAGAAGCAGGAUCUGAAGUGGAGCUUCCAGUAUCUCCAGGAGCACUGAGUAAACACGAAAGGUACCGGCAUGAUCCACUGUGUCCAUUGAUCUCUCAGAGUGGCUGAGGAUCAUAAGUAAGCUCCCUCUCGCAUUUUGGAGCUUCACACAUUUGUGUUUUGAGCUCUCUGAGUUGCUUUGAGCAAAUUUCUGAUCCAAACUGGGUUUGGGGGUUUGGAGUCACAACAGAAAAUGGACUGGGUCUAGGAACGGAUGUGGUCUUGGAAUUAACUGGCUUGGAUCCAGUUAAAGGCCUCUUACAUCUCACUGGGUCAGAAAGAACUGGUAGUAAGCAGUAACAUUGUAGGAGUUAUAAAAUUUGGCGUUUGAAAAUUCACAGGGAUGUUUGUGUUCUACCCCCUUUGUUUCAUUUUUCUUGUGCACCUAGGUGGGAAAAAAUCAUUGGCUAAGUUAAUCAAGAGAAGCUGAGAGUAAACCCAAUAUUUUAGGUAAAAAUGGGAUUCUUCAUUCCAGCAGGGAGGAAGGGCAUGGGUUUUGGAGUCAUUCAUAUAUGGUUUCAAAAUCUGACUCUGGCAUUUAUCUCUGUAAGAAUUUGAGAAAUUUACUUAGUCUCUCUGAGCUUUGGUGUAUUCCAAAUGAAGACGACACUAACAGUAUCUGCAUCAUGAGUGCUACUUCAACGGAAAUGUAUAAAGUACAUUUUACACAUUUGGUCUCUUACCAUUUUCCCUUCACUUCUUUUCAGAGUUUCUUCUUGAAGGGCUCAAGGUCUGAAGCAUCCCACAAUAUGAUCCUACUGGAUAACUCCCAGAAGCUGCUGGCCCUAUACAAAUCCUUGGCCAGGAGCAUCCCUGAGUCCCUGAAGGUGUACGGCUCUGUGUAUCACAUCAAUCACGGGAACCCCUUCAACAUGGAGGUGUUGGUGGACUCCUGGCCCGACUAUCAGAUGGUUAUUAUCCGGCCUCAAAAACAGGAGAUGACAGACGACAUGGACUCAUACACAAAUGUAUAUCGUAUAUUCUCCAAAGACCCUCAAAAAUCACAAGAAGUUUUGAAAAAUUGUGAGAUCAUAAACUGGAAACAGAGACUCCAAAUCCAAGGUCUUCAAGAAAGUUUGGGUGAGGAGAUAAGAGCGGCUGCAUUUUCAAAUUCAGUGAAGGUAGAGCAUUCAAGAGCAGGCCUCUUCAUUACAGAAGAUUUCCUGAAACUCCAUGCCUCCAAUAAAAGCAAGCUUGGAAGCUGGGCAGAGAUAGGCCAACCAGAUGAUGAAUUUGAGAGGAAAACUCCCAACUUUAAUUAUGCCCAGCUGGAUAGCUCUUAUUCCGGGCUGGUAAAUGACAAUUGGAAGCGAGGGAAGAAUGAGAGGAGCCUGCGUUACAUCAAGCGCUGCAUAGAAGUCCUGCCAGCAGCCUGUGUGCUCGGCCCAGAGGGGACCCCAAUCUCAUGGAUAACCAUGGACCCUUCUUGUGAAGUAGUAAUGGGCUACUGCAUGAAAAAAUACCGAAAGAAAGGCAACAUGGCACAGCUGCUGGUGCGACACCAGAAGUAUCUGUGUCAGAAGAAUAUACCAUUUUACGUCUCUGUACUGGAAGACAAUAAAGACUCCUGCAGAUCAGUGGGGUUGGCGGGUUUCUUUGAGGCCUCCUGUGAGUGGCACCAAUGGACCUGCUACCCACAGAAUCUAGUUCCAUUUUAGACAAUGAAGCUGCUUAGCAAUCUUGGGCAAGCCAUCUCUUAAUAUUAAAGCAGACACCACAGAAUAGCUUUCUUCACUUACAAAUGUUGAUUGGGCAUUUAUGAUACGGCAGGAACUCUUUCGCACAUGGAGACUUGAUGUUAAAAGACACAGCCAUGCUCUUGAGGAGCUCACAAUCCAGGCUGGAGGCAGGGGAGGGUAUAGUCUUUAAAUAUGCUUAAGCGUUGUAGGGAAGGAUGGGGUUACCAGUAAACAUGUCACCAGAAAGCCAGGCUCAGUUCUUACCUCUGGGAAUCAGAACUCUUUAUGUAACUUGGUUGAUAGAAUCUACUAUCUGGAAGAUAAAUGAAGAACUUUAAUAAAAUUGUCAAUAGAAUAUA